CAUGGUUUCAAUGUUUAAGCCUCCUCUCCUCUGGAUUUAGUUUUACAGUUGCGGUGAAGGUAUAUUGUCGGUAUUUAAGCAGAAUGUGUUUUUCACAGAGCAUUUCUCAGGGGAUGCAGUUUGGAGCCUGGUCCUUUCCGCUGGGAUGAAGUUUGUCAGCUCCCAGUUUCCAGGGGAAGGAGUUUACCGCCGGACCGGUUUCCGGGGGGAGGAUUUUGGUGGUUGUCAUCAUUCAUGAUGUUGCAGGCUCAGGGCUCCCUGGCUGAGUCGGUGGAUGGAGAUGAGCUGAGGAGCGAGGAUGGCUUUCCUGGAGAGAGACCUUGUCUCAACUACUACUGUCUGUACCUGUACCAGACUGGGAGGUCAGAUCUGUGUAUAACAAUCACAGUUACAGGGAAUGGGGGCAGAUCUGUGUAUAACAAUCACAGUUACAGGGAAUGGGGGCAGAUCUGUGUAUAACAAUCACAGUUACAGGGAAUGGGGGCAGAUCUGUGUAUAACAAUCACAGUUACAGGGAAUGGGGGCAGAUCUGUGUAUAACAAUCACAGUUACAGGGAAUGGAGGCAGAUCUGUGUAUAACAAUCACAGUUACAUGGAAUGGGGGCAGAUUUGUGUAUAACAAUCACAGUUACCGGGGGUCAGACCUGUGUAUAACAAUCACAGUUACAGGGAAUGGGGGUCAGAUCUGUGUAUAACAAUCACAGUUACAGGGAAUGGGGGCAGAUCUGUGUAUAACAAUCACAGUUACAGGGAAUGGAGGCAGAUCUGUGUAUAACAAUCACAGUUACAGGGAAUGGGGGCAGAUUUGUGUAUAACAAUCACAGUUACAGGGAAUGGGGGCAGAUCUGUGUAUAAUAAUCACAGUUACAGGGGGGCAGAUCUGUGUAUCACAGUUACAGGGAAUGGGGGCAGAUUUGUGUAUAAUAAUCACAGUUACAGGGAAUGGGGGCAGAUUUGUGUAUAAUAAUCACAGUUACAGGGGUGGAUCUGUGUGGCCCUUAACAAUGAUCACAGUUAGGGAAUGGGGGCAGGUUUGUGUGUAACAAUCACACAGUUACAGGGUCAGAUCUCUUGCUGGCCUUAACAAUCCCACGCAGUUACAGGGGUCAGAUCUGCAGCAUAACAAUCCCAGGGCCACAGGGGGGUAGAUCUGUAUAACAAUCCCUGGGACACAGGGGUCAGACCUGUGCAUGUAAUCCUGCACAGUUACGAGGUCAGACCUGUGUAUAACAGAAAUCACAGUUACAGGAACCUGUAGCCCAUAGCAAUCACACUGCAGUUACAGGAGGUGGAACCUGUGGCAGCAAUCACAGAAGUUACAGGGAGGUCAGACCUGUGGCCUUAACAGAAAAAGCACACAGUUUACAGGGGGUCAGACCUGUGUAUAACAAUCACAGUUACAGAGGUCAGACCUGUACUGUAAUCACAGGGGGAUGGGCACAUACAUAACAAUCUGGCCCAGUUACAGGGGGGUCAGACCUGUGUAUAACAAUCACAGUUACAGGGGGGUCAGAUCUGUGUAUAACAAUCACAGUUACUGGGGGGCAGAUCUGUGUAUAACAAUCACAGUUACAGGGAGGCAGAUCUGUGUAUAACAAUCACAGUUACAGGGAAUGGGGGUCAGACCUGUGUAUAACAAUCACAGUUACAGGGAAUGGGGGUCAGACCUGUGUAUAACAAUCACAGUUACAGGGAAUGGGGGUCAGACCUGUGUAUAACAAUCACAGUUACAAGGAAUGGGGGUCAGACCUGUGUAUAACAAUCAAAGUUACAGGAAAUGGGGGUCAGACCUGUGUAUAACAAUCACAGUUACAGGGAAUGGGGGUCAGACCUGUGUAUAACAAUCACAGUUACAGGGAAUGGGGGUCAGACCUGUGUAUAACAAUCACAGUUACAGGGAAUGGGGGUCAGACCUGUGUAUAACAAUUACAGUUACAUGGAAUGGGGUCAGAUCUGUGUAUAACAAUUACAGUUACAGGGGGCUCAGACCUGUGUAUAACAAUUACAGUUACAGGGAAUGGGGGUCAGACCUGUGUAUAACAAUUACAGUUACAGGUAAUGGGGGCAGAUCUGUGUAUAACAAUCACAGUUACAGGGAGGUUAGAUCUGUGUAUAACAAUCACAGUUACAGGGGGGUCAGACCUGUGUAAAACAAUCACAGUUACAGGGAAUGGGGGCAGAUCUGUGUAUAACAAUCACAGUUACAGGGAGGCAGAUCUGUGUAUAACAAUCACAGUUACAGGGAGGUCAAAUCUGUGAAUAACAAUCCCAGUUACAGGGAAUGGGGCAGAUCUGUGUAUAACAGUUACAGGGGGGGCAGACCUGUGUAUAACAAUCACAGUUACAGGGGGGUCAGAUCUGUGUAUAACAAUCACAGUUACAGGGAAUGGGGGCAGGUUUGUGUAUAACAAUCACAGUUACAGGGGGGUCAGACCUGUGUAUAACAAUCACAGUUACAGGGGGGUCAGAUCUGUGUAUAACAAUCACAGUUACUGGGGGGCAGAUCUGUGUAUAACAAUCACAGUUACAGGGAGGCAGAUCUGUGUAUAACAAUCACAGUUACAGGGAAUGGGGGUCAGACCUGUGUAUAACAAUCACAGUUACAGGGAAUGGGGGUCAGACCUGUGUAUAACAAUCACAGUUACAGGGAAUGGGGGUCAGACCUGUGUAUAACAAUCACAGUUACAAGGAAUGGGGGUCAGACCUGUGUAUAACAAUCAAAGUUACAGGAAAUGGGGGUCAGACCUGUGUAUAACAAUCACAGUUACAGGGAAUGGGGGUCAGACCUGUGUAUAACAAUCACAGUUACAGGGAAUGGGGGUCAGACCUGUGUAUAACAAUCACAGUUACAGGGAAUGGGGGUCAGACCUGUGUAUAACAAUUACAGUUACAUGGAAUGGGGUCAGAUCUGUGUAUAACAAUUACAGUUACAGGGGGCUCAGACCUGUGUAUAACAAUUACAGUUACAGGGAAUGGGGGUCAGACCUGUGUAUAACAAUUACAGUUACAGGUAAUGGGGGCAGAUCUGUGUAUAACAAUCACAGUUACAGGGAGGUUAGAUCUGUGUAUAACAAUCACAGUUACAGGGGGGUCAGACCUGUGUAAAACAAUCACAGUUACAGGGAAUGGGGGCAGAUCUGUGUAUAACAAUCACAGUUACAGGGAGGCAGAUCUGUGUAUAACAAUCACAGUUACAGGGAGGUCAAAUCUGUGAAUAACAAUCCCAGUUACAGGGAAUGGGGCAGAUCUGUGUAUAACAGUUACAGGGGGGGCAGACCUGUGUAUAACAAUCACAGUUACAGGGGGGUCAGAUCUGUGUACUUAACACUGCAAUCACGGUGCAGGGGGUCAGAUCUGUGUAUAGCACAAUGCACAGUUACAGGGGGUCAGAUCUUGUGGCCUUAACAAUCACAGUUACAGGGAGGGUGAAUCUGUGUAUAACAAUCACAGUUACAGGGGAGGUCAGAUCUGUAGCCCUUAACAAUCACAGUUGGGGAGGUCAGGUAUCUGUAUAACAAUCACAGUUACAUGGAGGCAGAUCUGUGUAUAACAAUCACAGUUAAAGGGGGGUCAGACCUGUGUAUAACAAUCACAGUUACAGGGAAUGGGGGCAGAUCUGUGUAUAACAAUCACAGUUACAGGGAAUGGGUGCAGAUCUGUGUAUAACAAUCACAGUUACAGGGAGGUCAGAUCUGUGUAUAACAAUCACAGUUACAUGGAGGCAGAUCUGUGUAUAACAAUCACAGUUAAAGGGGGGAUCAGACCUGUGUAUAACAAUCACAGUUACAGGGAAUGGGGGCAGAUCUGUGUAUAACAAUCACAGUUACAGGGAAUGGGGGCAGAUCUGUGUAUAACAAUCACAGUUACAGGGAAUGGGUGCAGAUCUGUGUAUAACAAUCACAGUUACAGGGAGGUCAGAUCUGUGUAUAACAAUCACAGUUACAGGGAGGUCAGAUCUGUGUAUAACAAUCACAGUUACAGGGAGGUCAGAUCUGUGUAUAACAAUCACAGUUACAGGGAGGUCAGAUCUGUGUAUAACAAUCACAGUUACAGGGAGGUCAGAUCUGUGUAUAACAAUCACAGUUACAGGGAGGUCAGAUCUGUGUAUAACAAUCACAGUUAAAGGGGGGAUCAGACCUGUGUAUAACAAUCACAGUUACAGGGAAUGGGGGCAGAUCUGUGUAUAACAAUCACAGUUACAGGGGAAUAGGGGCAGAUCUGUGUAUAACAAUCACAGUUACAGGGAAUGGGUGCAGAUCUGUGUAUAACAAUCACAGUUACAGGGAGGUCAGAUCUGUGUAUAACAAUCACAGUUACAGGGAGGUCAGAUCUGUGUAUAACAAUCACAGUUACAGGGAGGUCAGAUCUGUGUAUAACAAUCACAGUUACAGGGAGGUCAGAUCUGUGUAUAACAAUCACAGUUACAGGGAGGUCAGAUCUGUGUAUAACAAUCACAGUUACAGGGAGGUCAGACCUGUGUAUAACAAUCACAGUUACAGGGAGGUCAGACCUGUGUAUAACAAUCACAGUUACAGGGAGGUCAGACCUGUGUAUAACAAUCACAGUUACAGGGGGGUCAGACCUGUGUAUAACAAUCACAGUUACAGGGGGGUCAGACCUGUGUAUAACAAUCACAGUUACAGGGAGGCAGAUCUGUGUAUAACAAUUACAGUUACAGGGAAUGGGGGUCAGACCUGUGUAUAACAAUCACAGUUACAGGGAAUGGGGGUCAGACCUGUGUAUAACAAUCACAGUUACAGGGAAUGGGGGUCAGACCUGUGUAUAACAAUUACAGUUACAGGGGGCUCAGAUCUGUGUAUAACAAUUACAGUUACAGGGGGCUCAGACCUGUGUAUAACAAUUACAGUUACAGGGAAUGGGGGUCAGACCUGUGUAUAACAAUCACAGUUACAGGGAAUGGGGGUCAGACCUGUGUAUAACAAUCACAGUUACAGGGAAUGGGGGUCAGACCUGUGUAUAACAAUCACAGUUACAUGGGGGUCAGAUCUGUGUGUAACAAUCACAGUUACAGGGAGGUCAGACCUGUGUAUAACAAUCACAGUUACAGGGGGGUCAGAUCUGUGUAUAACAAUCACAGUUACAGGGAGGUCAGAUCUGUGUAUAACAAUCACAGUUACAGGGAGGUCAGAUCUGUGUAUAACAAUCACAGUUACAGGGAGGUCAGAUCUGUGUAUAACAUCUGUGUAUAACAAUCACAGUUAAAGGGGGGUCAGACCUGUGUAUAACAAUCACAGUUACAGGGAAUGGGGGCAGAUCUGUGUAUAACAAUCACAGUUACAGGGAAUGGGUGCAGAUCUGUGUAUAACAAUCACAGUUACAGGGAGGUCAGAUCUGUGUAUAACAAUCACAGUUACAGGGAGGUCAGAUCUGUGUAUAACAAUCACAGUUACAGGGAGGUCAGAUCUGUGUAUAACAAUCACAGUUACAGGGAGGUCAGACCUGUGUAUAACAAUCACAGUUACAGGGAGGUCAGACCUGUGUAUAACAAUCACAGUUACAGGGAGGUCAGACCUGUGUAUAACAAUCACAGUUACAGGGGGGUCAGACCUGUGUAUAACAAUCACAGUUACAGGGGGGUCAGACCUGUGUAUAACAAUCACAGUUACAGGGAGGCAGAUCUGUGUAUAACAAUUACAGUUACAGGGAAUGGGGGUCAGACCUGUGUAUAACAAUCACAGUUACAGGGAAUGGGGGUCAGACCUGUGUAUAACAAUUACAGUUACAGGGGGCUCAGAUCUGUGUAUAACAAUUACAGUUACAGGGGGCUCAGACCUGUGUAUAACAAUUACAGUUACAGGGAAUGGGGGUCAGACCUGUGUAUAACAAUCACAGUUACAGGGAAUGGGGGUCAGACCUGUGUAUAACAAUCACAGUUACAGGGAAUGGGGGUCAGACCUGUGUAUAACAAUCACAGUUACAGGGGGCUCAGAUCUGUGUAUAACAAUUACAGUUACAGGGGGCUCAGAUCUGUGUAUAACAAUUACAGUUACAGGGGGCUCAGACCUGUGUAUAACAGUUACAGGGAAUGGGGGUCAGACCUGUGUAUAACAAUUACAGUUACAGGGAAUGGGGGCAGAUCUGUGUAUAACAAUCACAGUUACAGGGAGGCAGAUCUGUGUAUAACAAUCACAGUUAGAGGGAGGCGGAUCUGUGUAUAACAAUCACAGUUACAGGGAGGUUAGAUCUGUGUAUAACAAUCACAGUUACAGGGAAUGGGGGCAGAUCUGUGUAUAACAAUCACAGUUACAGGGAGGUCAAAUCUGUGAAUAACAAUCCCAGUUACAGGGAAUGGGGCAGAUCUGUGUAUAACAGUCACAGUUACAGGGAAUGGGGCAGAUCUGUGUAUAACAUUCUCAGUUACAGGGAAUGGGGCAGAUCUGUGUAUAAUAAUCACAGUUACAGGGAGGCAGAUCUGUGUAUAAUAAUCACAGUUACAGGGAGGCCAGAUCUGUGUAUAACAAUCACAGUUACAGGGAAUGGGGGCAGAUCUGUGUAUACAAAUCACAGUUACAGGGAAUAGGGGCAGAUCUCUGUAUAACACUGACUGUAUCAGGGAUUGUCACAUUUCUUUAUAAGAAUCUUAGUUAGAGGGGGGAGCAGGUCUCUGUAUAACAAUGACUGCGCCUGUAUCAGGAAUUGUAACAUUUCUGUUUAAGAAUCAUAGAUAGAAGGGGUUCAGAAGGGUAUGUUAACCUAUUAAUGAUAUUUGCAAGCAUUUAAUUUAAUCUUAUAAACUCUGCUAUAAUGGAUUUUAUAUUUAUAUUUUUAUAUAAUAAAUAUCCAAAAAGACAAAACUAUUGCUUCCAAGACAAUCCUUAUUUUAUAUUGUAUUCUCAAUUAUUUAUAUAUGUUAAAUAGAGGAUCUCUUACUAACUAUAUAAAAUUAUGGGUAAGAUAUCUGUAUGGUUAGCCCUACUAAUUUCUAUGCUUUAAGACAUUAUAGUGGUAAAUAAGGGAACCACCUGCGGUUACACAUUGAUAAGCCUUCAAUCAAUUGGGGUUUGUGAGUGCAUCUUUACACAUUUACAUAUUUCCCUAUAUAUGGCAAUAUUGCCCUAUGUUGUCUCUUUUAUUUGCAUUGCAGUAACCGGUUUUCUGGUAUUGUGUAUUUUCUAUUGUUGAGGAGCUGGAGGAGUCCUAUCCUACAUGCAAAUUACUGUUUAGUUAGGGUAAACCAAUUUUAUUUGUUUACCUUUUUUCUACUUUCUCACUGAGGUGUUUCUCUUAUAUUUUUUAUAUAUUUAUGUAUAAUAAACCUUGCCGAUGGUUAGAUCUUUGACAUGUGACAAAGUCAAGUUUUACAUUUGCUUCCACUCUUGUUACUGAGUGAGCAAGGACUGCCUGUUUUCUUAGUAAUGACCGCCCCCUCUAAAUAUCAUUUUCAAAUAUUAGCCGAGUGUGAACUCUGAACCUUCCUAUAGUAGUAAUUAAAGGCCCUCCCAGACUCAUUUUUUGUGGUUUUGCAGUCUGUCCCUGUCGGUCGCAGAUAGUGACGAUGGCUCCCCAGCAGGUGCUAUGGGAGAAAUGUCCUCCAAUGAGGACUUCAGGUGUGUUCUUUAAAAAUCGAAUGUCAUUCUGCUUGCUUUCUUACGCUGACUGCAUUACCUGCCUGACAGCCUACUUGCUUUCUUACCCUGAUCGUGUUACCUGUCCUGAUAGCCUGCUUUCUUUCUUACCCUGGUUGUAUUAUCUGUCUGAUAGUCUGCUUGCUUUCUUACCCUGUUGCAUUACCUGCCUGAUAGCCUGCAUGCUUUCUUACCCUGGUUGUAUUAUCUGUCUGAUAGUCUGCUUGCUUUCUUACCCUGGUUGCAUUACCUGCCUGACAGUCUGCUUGCUUUCUUACCCUGAUCGUGUUACCUGUCCUGAUAGUCUGCGUGCUUUCUUACCCUGGUUGUAUUACCUGUCCUGAUAGUCUGCUUCCUUUCUUACACUGAUCGUGUUACCUUUCCUGGUAGUCUGCUUUCCUUUUUACCCUGACUGUUUUAUCUGCCCUGAUCUUCUGCUUACCUUUUUACCCUGAAUGUAUUACCUUCCCUGGUUUCAAGCUUGCCUUACUAGGCCAAUUUUAUCCAAUAUCCUAGUAAGUUGCAAAGUCUAUUGGUAUAAUUUUGUUGAGAUAUUUUUGCUCCUGCAUACACAGAUUUUCCAAAUAAUUUCUUUUUUUAAUCUAUUUGAAGUCUCUCGCUGGUGGACACAAGCUUACCUGCUGAAUCGGAGCCAGAGCUCAAGGGAUUUAUUGCUAAGUGGCUGUCUCGAGGCGCCUUGUUUGAAGGGAUGGGUAAUGUCUCACCUGUAGAACUCAGGUAAUGGACCCUUUCAAUACCCACACAAUAUCUUUUGGAAUCUGUCAUCAGAAGGAGAAAGACUUAGACUGCCUCUUUAAUGCUGUUUGUCCAUAUCUGUUGUUUUUUAACUUCCUUAGGACUGAUUUAAAUACCAUAACUACUAUUGCGCCAUGUAAGGGUUAUGGUGCACAGAGACUUUGGGCACCAUCCCAUUUAUCUUUGUCAAAAGAUUUUGCACCAUUACCAAUAUCCAAUCCAUUGAGAUUGGACUGUAUUAAUAAUGGUAUUAUGUAAAUUCAAUUUUCUCAAUGUGUGUUGAGCCAGGAAGGGUUUUGGGUGCUCAAAUGGUUUUACAAAAAUCAAAACAAAAUGUGGGACUGUGUCUGUAGGCUCCUUGCACCAUAAUCACUACCCUGGGCUGCCACACUAACACUGAUAAUUGCAUUUUACAUAACAAUGUAAAUUGUAUGAAACAGAAAUUUGCUAUAAUUCCAUAUGUUGUGGUGCAGUACUGUGUAAGGCAGUGAUGGCUAACUUAUAGUAUUGCAGCUAUUAUUGACUUUAGUCCACCAAAUACACAUUAGUCACCACCCGUUUACAAAGAUAAAACGAUCAUUAGUUCCCCGGUCGCAGUUAAUCUGCAUUACCAGCAUGCUACAACCACAAAGUGCAAAUACAUCAGUUAUUCAUGUCUGUGCUAUUGCUGUUUGCAAGAUGCUAUGUAUAUCGGUAUCAACGUGACAUUGAAGGUGUUACUGCUCAUAAUGACAAAGUCUGCCGGGUUUAAUGCUAAUUCACAUCUAUUUGUGUGGAGUAUAAUUUCUCUUAGUAGAUAUCAUGGUGAACAUGUAUUUCUUUCCCGACAGCUUUCCAGAAUACAGCUUGGGUUGUUAUUAUUGCCUUUUACGACAAGACCAGGCAUGCGAGUCCAGUAACCAGCCUCCAGAAUAUGUGGUGUGCUUUCUCGGAGGCUCCGAAAAGGGCCUAGAGCUAUAUCCUUUUAUUGAGCAUUAAAAACAUGAGUAGAGGAGUGAAUGAUGCGAAAGUGUGGUCUGGAAUUGAUAUUUUAGAGGCUCGGACUUUAAAAUUAACGAAGUAAAGGAUUGUACGGUGAAUUGGAAGUUGUAGAGAGUUGUGCUCUGAAUUUGCGUUGCUGAUUGUUGCACUUUGAAUUGCAUCCUGUCGAGUGCUGCAUUAUAUUAUGGACUGUGUGUAGAGUUGCUAUAAAGUAGUAUUCCCCCCCCCGCUACAUUUCUUCACUAAUUUGUACGUUCUUGGUCGCUCUGCUCUGCCUGUGACCUUCUGCUGUCUGGUUCUCAUACCCUCACUGCUAACUCUCCCUUGCAGGACUUCUCGCUGGCAGCUCCACUCCUGUGGAACAGCCUGCCUACCUCCAUCAGACUCUCCCCUAGUCUUCAAUCAUUUAAGAAGUCCCUCAAACCAAACUCUUAAGAAUAGCUCAUGGCCUCCCGUGUAUUUCACAAAUGUAUCACUCUCUUAAAGGGCCACACUCCACUCUCAAAUUCCAAUUCUGCUUCAUUCACACUUUGUUGUUUUGUUGCUAUCCCCCACACUUCGUUGCUAUCUACCCUUCCUAUUGUAUUUUUAUACCCCACCUCCUCUCGAUUAUAAGCUCUUUCGAGCAGAGUCCUUAUCAACCUAUUAGUCCUGUAACAUUUUUUAAAUGUCUCGUAUUGUUAAAUUCCACCCUUUUAUAAUAUUGUACAGCGCUACAGAAUAAGUUGGCGCCAUAUAAGUGCAGAUAAUAAAAAUAAUAGUGGCUGUAGAGGGGUGCUCUUUGACAUAGAGGUGUAGCACUCUGAAACAAAUGCUUUAAAAGAUAAGUUUUCUGAAUUGGAUAGUUCGCAUGGCACAUCGGGGUAAGGGCAUUUUGUUUAGCAAUCCCCAGUUUCAGCUGAUAUUUGCUUAUUCACAUGUCUUGUAAAUCUGCUGAGAACAUUCCUUAAGACAGUACAUUUAGAUUGGAACUAGACAAAUACGCUGCAGUCCUGAAGACUAAACUAGACCCACAGGUAAUUCAAUAUCGGGAUCUGGGAAUAAGUGGAGUUGUCCAUUUUCCUCUGAGCUGAUCUUUCAUAUCACUGAGAGAAUAGAUAGCAAAGCCACCAGAUUUUGUUAUUACUCUGUGGACGUUUUAGGCAUUUGUGUUGGUCUGGGAUUAUAGUAUGAAUUGAUAAAUACGUCCCUUGUUUAUUUCCUCUGUAGAUGAUCAAUCUGGAAGUAGAAAUUAAGCCUCUUCUUAGCAACUGGUUUGGAGACUCCGUAUUGCCCAUUUAUCGAGUGGUGACUCUGUUUCAGGAGAAGUUGGCCUAUUUAUUACAUGCAGUGAGUGGUAUUGUUGGCCUAUUUUUUACAUGCAGUGAGUGGGAUUAAACAUGCUAUUUUUAAUGUAAUCUACGCACCAUAUGCCUUCCUAAUACCAUUCAUUUCUUUGUGUUAAGGCUCUGAGUUACACUCCAGUAGAAGUGAACAAUGCAGAUCCUGGAACACAGAAUGAUAUAAACAGGUAAAUAGGAAACUAUAUUACUAUAAUAUUAUACGUUGAAACAGUAUUUCCUUUAUGGUAGGCCUAUUGUAAUCAGCUCCCGGACUGGUUGUUUCUGACAGUGUGUAUGGUAGGGCAUUCAAGAGAGAUUGUAGGAAACCUUUCAUUUUCACAUAAGGUUCUAUAAAUAUAAUCACUGUACAAAUUAUCACAUUGCUCGGGUUCUCUAUUCCUGUAAUAAGUAAAAAGCGUAAAAUAGAGAAUGUUGCAAGCAAAGUAACUGCUCUGCUUUCUCCCCAUGGCUUGUUUGUGCUGAGCGUUUUCUCACUUUAUAAGGUUCAUGAGCUUAGCGAGUCUGCAAGGCCUUGUUCAGGAAGGUACCAUGAACUCCCUCUGUAUUGUGAUGAGCGACGAACUUCAGAAACCUGUGCAUGUGGAUUUCAGUGAUUCCCAGCCACAGUUCAUUAAUGCAGGUGAGAAUUUCCGGCUAUUUACAAGCCCAAGGACCUUUCUUUCCCAGUUUACUAAACCAUGACCAUAACCUUGAUGGUUUUAACCAGAUGGUCCUCCUUACCAAAACUUCUUUAAUCUCUUAAUUAUAUCUAAACUGGAAAAUGGUCCUUCCUAGAGCAUUGUCUCCUAACCACGACUUAUCCUGCUAGCUGAAACACUUCUUAAGCUUAAUUUAUAAAGCCAAGGGGCCGUCCAUUCAGGCACAAUAUGCCAUUUCCUAACAUUACCUUAUUAAGCACCAAAACAACUUUAACUUAAUGAAACCACCACCAUGGGGGGAAAAAAGGGUUUUAUUUUUAAGCACAGUCUCUUUGUUUACUUUAGAAGUUAUCUGCUGUUGUGUUAAUUGAGCUUUAUUCACACACAGGAAGCUGCUGUAAGCUCUAUCAAGCAAUUAUCAGUGGAAGAAAUAACUUCUACAUUAAACACUCUGUGCAAUAAGGGACGCUAUACAUUUUAAUAUCUUUUUUAAGGCUAGUGCUUUAACUCGUAAAUGGCAGUGAAUAGAGUAGAUUGCAGGGGCAUGAUCUAUACACUCAAACUAAAUAGGUACUUAGGCCACUUAAUGUCAAUGACGUAAUCUGGGUGCCAUGUCCCUGUUAACUCUGCAACUGCACAUAUUGCCGUUCUGCGGGAAUGGCAAUGUUUACAAUGUGGGAUUAAAAUGCCUCCAGUGACUGUAAAACUGACAGCCACUAGAGGUGCUUCUGCUAAAAUAACCAAGUUAACCUCUGCUAUUUCAAUCAGAUCCUCUCAUACAGACCAUAUGAUUGGCGCAACUCAACGUUUUGCUGUGAAUGUGCACUAGCCUUCCAGUGCUUUCCUAUGGCAUUGGAUUGGCUGAGAUCAUCGAGAUUGAUGAUUUCAGCCAAGGAGGUAGUACUGACCACAGAGAGAGCACUGUGGCGAGGGAGAAAUUCUUUGUUUUACUCCUAAACGGCAAGCAGGACACUAUAGCAUUAAGAAUCCAUGUUUGUAUAGAGGGCCCUAAUUCCAGGCACAAUAAACAAUAUCCAUGCUGCGGGCAGCAAACUGCCUAUUAUAUCAUACCUUUGGCCAUAGUUAAUGCGCAGGACGUACUUUAAAGCUAGAGAAAUACUAUGCUUCCUUCCUAGAAAAGGAAUACUAACUACAAUGCGCCCUCCAGAGUAAGUGCACUUUUUGUGCAAAUAUACAUAUUUAGAGCACACACCUCUGACCUCAUUAAUGGGUGCUAAUUAAUGAACUCUGAGACAUUGCUUAACACUUACACAUUUACACUUUGAUUGGAGUAUUUGAAGAAAGCACGUUUCAUGCGUUCAUGUCUUUACAGUGAGCAACAAGUUCUGUGAGGACUGGAUGCAGGUCUUUAUCAAUACAUACGAUGGCGGAAAUCCCUUUCUCUUUCGCCAGAAGCUGGAAAACUUCAAGCUGAAGGUAAGUGAUCAUCAAGAAUAUGUUUUUUUUUCAGUUUUUUUUCUCUUUUCAAAUAAGACGUUAAAAAAAAAAACGUUUUUCCACGUAAUACAAACCACUUACAAGAAAUGCAGCAGGCAAUGGUAACAUUUACUACAAUAAUUAAUCAUAAAGAAAGAAGGGACAGGAUAAGGAAAAAUAAAAUCCUAACUCAGGAAAUAAACCCAUCAUCUAGUAAGUCCAGGUAUUACAAUGUCAGGAAAGGGUAAAACUUGUGGAAAUAGCCCUAUAUUUUAACAGAUUGUGACUUGGAAUUGUGUAAAGGGAAACACUUUAGGCAAACAGACCACUUCAUCUCAUUGAAAUGGUCUGGGUGCAGUGUCCCUGUCAUUUUAGCCCUGCAGCUGCAAACAUUGCAGUUUCAGAGAAAUUGCAUUCUUUACAUUGCUGUAUUAAGAGUGCCUCCACCAGACAGCCACUAGAGGCGCUUCCUGCAGCUUCACGGAGUUUGACUCCAUGAAACGACGCUGGACGUGGACCUACAUCGUCGUCAAAACCCCUUUAGGAAAGCAUUGCGUCCGUGCUUUUCUUUGGGGAAGGCUCUCUCCGCACAUGUACAUUAGGUUCCCCCGUCGGAUGACGAGGAGCCCAACCCAGCGCCUAAAGACAUCGACGCUGGAAUCAGCUAAGUGAAAAAAGUAUUCUUUAACCUUUUAUUAGCUGCCAAGGGUGGGGAAGAGGGACACUAUAGUGGUAGGAAUACAGUUUUGUAUUCCUAAUGCUGUAGUGUUCUUUUAAAGGACCACUAUAGGUACCCAGACCACUUCAGCUUAACGAAGUGGUCUGGGUGCCUGGUCCAGCUAGGGUUAACCCUUUUUUUUUUUUAUACACAUAGCAGUUUCAGAGAAACUGCUCUGUUUAUAAAUAUGUUAAUCCAGCCUCUAAAGCCUCUAGUGGCUGUCUCAUUGACAGCCGCUAGAGGUGUUUGCGUGCUUCUCACUGUGAAAAUCACAGUGAGAAGACGCCAGCGUCCAUAGGAAAGCAUUAUGAAUGCUUUCCUUUGAGACCGGCUGAAUGCACGCGUAGCUCCUGCUGCGCAUGCGCAUUCAGCCAAGGAGGAGGAGAGCUCCCUGCCCGGCACUGGAGAAAGAGGUAAGUUUAACCACUUCCUCUCCAUCCAGCCCGGCGGGAGGGGGCCCUGAGGGAGGAGGCACCCUCAGGGCAAUAUAGUGCCAGAAAAACGAGUAUGUUUUCCUGGCACUAUAGUGGUCCUUUAAGGAAUGGCAAACAAUGGAGCAGAUUGCCCAAGUGUAAAUUAGACGAUUUCCAACAUCUUGCAGCAGCCUAUGCAAACCGCACCUGCACCCUUCACAUACAGUUUGACAGUUUAAUGGAAAAUCUUAUUAAUAAACUCUGAAUUGGGGAAGGAAAUGACAAUCAGUACAGAUACUGCAUUAUUUAAUUGCCAGGGACUAAAAGGGUUAAAAUUUAAACUAGACAGGAAUGGUUUUUAUUCCCCCCCCCAUUACAUCUUAGCUCUUAAGCCUCUGGCAAAUUUGUUAAAUUCCGUUCACAACAAUGUCUAUAUUCUAUUCCACGUGCUCCUCCCUGGAAAACUUGGCUUUGUAACCGACAAUUUUCUGAUUGCCAGAAGUAACCCACGUAUUUUUAUCCACAAAUACUUAACAAGAUCUCUCUGCAUUCUGCUAAUAUCCUUUACCAUGAAUGGAAUCCUUUGGGCCUAUAUCCGUAUCGUUAUUUUCCAACAUGUUUAACAGCUAAAUCUCAAAUGUUACCAAUUAGCUUAUCUAAAUUGGAUACAUUAUUUAAAGAAACGGUACCACCAAGAUAAAAAGUAUUCAAUAAAUGAUCAAAUAUUAUUUUCUGUGUAGUUCACAAUUUCUACCUCGUGUGUAUAAUUCUAGAAAAAAAAAUAUACCCAUAUGAUUUUAGCUCUCUCCUUUCUCUGCUUCCAAUAAAACUUUAAAAGUAAUAGAAGUAAAUAAAAAGAAGCAUGAUAUAUGUAUAAAUAUUGUUUCCCAUUAUUUUGCAGGUCAUUCAGGACAUGAACAGUCUGAAGCGGCUGAUCCGGCAGGCAGAAAUGAGUCAUUAUGCUCUGUUCCGCUGCUACACGUUCCUGAAGAACUGUGGCAAUGGAGACCUGCUCCUUAAGUUUGUAAAGGUGGAGCAAGCAGAAAUGCCGGAGUCUGGCAGCGUGGUGAGCGUUCUGGAGGAGUUCAUUCUGGAAGAGGGAUCUGCUGUACACAAUUCCUAACUUCGUGCUCUGAGUUUUUGUGUCCCAUAGUGAGAAAUCCCUUUAACAAACCUGUAACUGAUCCUUCUCGCACAGUAUUACAGUUGCAUUGACUACGCUCUCUCACUGCACAGGAUACACUGUAAGUUGGAUACAGAGGGAAAAAAAAUAGUUGGUUAUAUUACACACAAAAAUCCAGCUCUGAUCACUAGGAUCUGUAGUUUUGAAGAUAGUUUGUUUAUAGGGCAGAUAUUUCCCUCAUCCAAGAUGGCCGCUAACCAUUUCCUGUGUCUAAGGUCACGGUAGACAUUGACUGCCUCAGUUAUCCACUAACACGGGCAUCUUUUGUCCUCAUUGCUGCUCCUCACUUAGUUAAAAUACAGAUUAUAUUCUGUAUAACGAACGUUUACAAUGUCGAGGACUGGUUUGUUUUCAGGAUGAAAUCCUCAAGCAUGUAAUUGCACCUUGUUUCCCACAUUGCUCAAACUGAGCAGGUAACUAACUUGCGCUUGCAAGAAAAAUUAACUUUAUCCCACAGCCCUCCUUGAGCACUUUUAGCAUGUGAUUUUAUUUGUGAGUAUAUGUUACAGGCAAAGUGUGAGAUGCAGGCAUUUAUAGAAUGCUUAUUAAUGCAUCAGGCAGAUUGUGAAAUGUCAACAUAAUUUGGCUAGGCUUUGUACAUACUGCCUAAACAGACUUAGGCAAGGUAUGAGCUUGCUAGGGAGAUUCACCAAACCCUGUGGGAAUUUUAUAAGUUAAGGAAGCUGAAUAUUGGAUAUUUCAAAUACGGAAUGAAGAAAACUUCUUCCUUGAGGAACCAGGGCUUCCUGAAGCAAGGUUCCUCUUUGCCUUUUUCAGGAACUUGGCGUGAGGUGCUAGUUCAGAGAAGCUCUCCAAACCUGGGUUUACAUGACUUGCACAGAUCCCAUACUGGAGCCAUUGUUACUUUGCCUAUAACAUGUAUUUGUGUGGUUUUGUAUAAAUACACAUACACAGUGUUUGAGUGUUGUAAAAGAUAAUGUGAAAUCUUCCUUCAUGUAAUUUUCAGAUUGGGUUAUUUUAGCGGAGGAGCCUAAGCUCAUUACGGUGUUGUUUUGGGUAGAUUUUCAUAAUGCGGGAAUUAUAUGGUUGUCACUAUAUUGUUAGCCAUCACUUUAUUCAAAAUAUUGGUCUUUCUUGGGUCCAGUAGUUUCUUUCUUAAAUCACUACAUUGGUGCUUGGAAAAGUGGUACGAUCCAAAACGUGUUCUUAACCAUUUCAUUACUACAGGUUGUCCAAUCAUUGAGCUCUCAGUUACUGUAGGAGGUGUGUGUGCUGUACAAGAGUAGUUUAUUGCAGUCAGACUAGUCUGUUCCUAGAGGAAGAUUCAUGGGGUUGAAGGGAUACGUAGGUCGUAAUGUCCCAUUUCUAGAACUUUAUUGUACUGUGUUAGCUGGAGAGACCAACAUUACUACUGAACGUAUACUGAUGGCACCAUCCACAGAGUUUUAUUCUAGCAUGUUACUGUAUAAGGAGUAGUAAGCACAACUCAUAAUCUCUUCAUUUCAGGGGUUUGGCGGGUGUCUGUUUUGUUCUGAAAGUGUUUAGCAAGUUGCCUUCAUACACAAUACAAUAAAAUAAAUCAUAAAUUCAUGAAAAAACAUAAAAUGCAGUCACAUUUGUGGCUUUUUAAGAAUUAACAAAAGUAUGGUCUGUGCAGCAGUCAGUUUCCACAAAGCUUCGACGUGCAAACUCCCAGGAUAAUAUAUUCAUAUGGGAUGCUUUCACAAACAGCUGCAGUAUCGGAGCAAAAAGAAAAUGCUUCAUUUGGGGGUUCAAAUGAGAUGGGCUGGGAGAAAACUGUAAAUAAAUAAAGCUUAACUAACUCUAACUCACUGGUUAUACCUAACACAUGGGGGCCUACUCUAUCCCUCUUAUUCCAUUUUCCAUUUUCAAGUAAUCCUGUUUGAUUUUUUUUACUUUCUAAAAUUCUACCUUUUAACAUGUAACAUAUAAUUCAAUGCCAUGGACGAAAACCUUGUGUUAACACAGGAAAAGCCACUGUUCUGUAAGGACGAAGGUCACGUUUUCUCACUCUUUCCCCCUACAUUUCCGGCUGUGUGUCUCUUAACCCAAUAUCCUGAACCUCUUCUGUGAGGACCAUUAUAUGUCUGUGUGUGGCCCUAUACCCCCAGAACACACUAUACAGUUUACAUAUAGACAAUAGAGGGCAUCUCAAUGUCUGGAUAGAAUUCCAGUGUAUCAACUUGUAAAGUAUCUGCAAGCCUAUUCACAGAUGAAUCAUUCCUUGCGGGAGACGUACACUGCACUAUAGGGCAUUUCAUUAUUUUUUUUGGCUAUGUAUUUCUGAAGGGUAUAAGAAAACUGACUGGUAGAUAUAACCAUGUGUAUAUAUUUGUAAUUUAUAUGAAGGAAUAUUGGUAAACUUUGUUGGCCAGGGUUUAUAUUAAAUAAUAAUAUGUUAAUGUGAUAGAUUAGGUUUACCAAAGGCUUCCGGGCUUGUUAUUCGCAAUCUCCCACUUACUAAUCAUAAGUUUGAAAUGCAAAUGCAUUUGAAUUAAGUGGUCAGUCUGUUCAGUUUAAUGAUUCAGCACUUUGUGAUGUAAUGUCUCCAGUGUAAGGUUGUUCAGAAAACAAACCAGAUUUAUUCUUUUGCAUGGUGAUGUCAUUAAUGUGUUUGUAUCUGGGAGUCUUUCUGAGUCUAUUUGUUAAUACUUUCAAAACUGUUAUUAUUUGCAUUGUGCCUUUUAAAGACAAAUUUAUUUUUUUCUGCAAAUAGACUUUUCCUCCAAGGUUUUCGUAUACACCUGCUUGAUUUGAGUAUUGUAAUAAACGAAAUCCUGUAACUAACCCUGCGUUGAUUUCUUUGUCUGCCUUGAAUGCAAUGUGUCUACGUAAAUGAAUGUGGUGAGCUUCCAUACUGCAAAUCACAGUUUUAUAAGGUGUGCAGGAGGCCGAUGGGG